AUGCCAAAUAACAGUCUUACGGUUGAGGAUCCUGAAGCCCAACGGCUUAUAAACCUUUCAUAUGUUGCAAACACUGAAAAAAAUACUUCGAAGUGGUUGCGUCAUGUUGAUCAGUACAGGGAGGAGAAAAAUAUUACAAAGAUGUUAGACCAGUUUGAUAACAAAGAAGAGCUUGAUGUGUUUCUGUGUUCAUUUAUUAGCUGGCUUACAAAGAAAGAUGGUACGCCAUUUAAAGUUGAGUCAAUUCAUAAUUGCUAUGCCGCAUUGGCAAGAUAUCUUCGUGAAAAUUCUGCUGUUGAAGGUGGUAUUCGAAUCUGGGAUAAGUAUUCGUUUCCAAGAGCUCUUAGAUGCUUGGAUAGUAAAAUGAAAUCUUUGCAGAAUAACAGUUAUGGUGAUACAUCAAAAAGUGAUUUGUUAACAUCAAAUGAGAUCAUAUCAUGUCUAAAUCACAAUUACUUGUCAGUUAAUGAUAAUAAAGAAAUUAAAAAUGACAUUUGGUAUAAGGCUUCUCGGAUGGGUGAAAACAAGCUGAAGUCAAUGAUGCAACAAAUAGUAAUCAAUAUAGGAAUUGAUCUUGAAGGAAGAAAAAUCACGAAUCAUAGUUGUCGACGUACUGCAAUAAUGAUAUUGAAGGCUUUUGAUGUUCCUGAGGAUGAAGUUAUGAUAUUUUCAGGACAUCGCUCAUGUAAAGAUAUUCAUGCUUAUAGCAGUCCAACAGAUGACCAACGAUUAUUAUCCAUGGCAUUACUAAUUCUAUAUACAAGUUACAAUAAAGAUCUUGAAUCAUAUUAUUCUUUUCCGAGAAAUUCUUAUAUUGAUUACAAUUCUGAUGAAAAUGAUAAAAUGGAAACUUCAAGUACAUUGGAUUUGAGUCAAGAAGUUUCAAACAUCUCAAAAUUACCACCACAGCAAGACAUUUUAAAUACAAUUUCAAAAACAACACAAAAUUGA